AUGGAAGCACAUCAACAAGGGCCGCCUGAGCUUGUUGGCACUCGCGACCAGCUAGAAGCCGAAGAAAAACCAGUAAAAGUGCCCAUUACGAUAGUGACAGGAUACCUAGGGGCCGGCAAGACAACGCUUCUAAACUACAUCCUUACUGCCGAACAUGGCAAGAAGAUCGCUGUGAUUAUGAACGCACUUGACAUUGAAAAGUCGCUCACCAUCAACAAGGAUGGCGAGUCCGUCGAAGAGUGGAUGGAAGUCGGUAACGGUUGCAUCUGCUGCUCUGUUAAAGACACGGGGGUGGCCGCCAUUGAGUCACUGAUGGAGAAGAAGGGCAAGUUCGAUUACAUUCUUCUCGAAACAACAGGCCUCGCAGACCCGGGGAAUCUUGCUCCACUGUUCUGGAUGGACGAUGGACUCGGCAGCACUAUUUAUCUGGACGGCAUUGUGACUCUGGUUGACGCCAAGAAUAUUAUCCGCAGCCUCGACGAUCCCAUGGGGAAAGUAGAGGGCCACGAGGACAGCGACGGCCACGGACCCAUCAUGACAACCGCCCAUGUGCAGAUUUCCUAUGCCGACGUUGUCGUUAUCAACAAAUCUGAUCUAGUCAGCGAGCUGGAGCUGCAAGCAGUGAGGGACAGGGUCGCGUCCAUCAACGGCUUAGCCAAGAUAUUCGUAACCUCACGGAGCGUCGUGCCGGACUUGGAGGGUUUUGUCUUGGACCUGCACGCGUAUGACAGGGUGGAAAAUCUCGACCGUCCGGCCCUUGGCCAUAGCCACCUCGACAAAACCAUAUCGACGCUUUCUAUCCCCCUGCCAGAAUUGACAGCGGACCAGCAGUCGGCGGUUGAUGCCUGGCUGCGCUCGGUUCUCUGGGAAAACGCCCUUCCAGGCCACAAACCCGGUACUGGGCCAACGUUCGAGAUCCACCGAUUAAAGGGGCGCUUCCACCUUCGUGGUGGGAGAGAGAAGAUCAUCCAAGGGAUUGUCUCUGCGCAUCCUCCCUCUCCGCCCACCACCGUCUCGCUCACAGGAACGAGGUGUGCUGACGAACGGGAAUAUUCAGGGGCUGUCCCGCAGGCGUUACGCGGCAUGCCCGGCGGGUUUGGAAACCAACAGCAACAACAACAACAGUCCGGCCGUGCCGUGUCGAGCAGGUUACCUAAUGGGAAGCUAGGCAACGGCGGUACUGGGUGGAAUUUCGGUGGUGGUCUACCUAUGGGAGGCAGCGCAAGCGUGCCUCCCGGGUCGGCCGGGCGAUUAGGAGGAAAUAUAAGUUUCGCGCAGAGCUUGAGCGGGUCACAGCCGGCGACACCACUAGACCCCUCGGAGUUUCCAUCAUUGUCCAAUACAUCUCAGCAGAACUCGGUUGGCCAAUCGUCUAUGUGGACAGGUCCUCGUGCCCUAGCUGGCGGGCUGCACCGGGGUACAGGGACUCCGCUAUCGCAACAAACCCAGCAAGACGACUUUUUCCCAUCGCGACUGUCAAGAUAUGGGAGCCAGAGCAAUGCUUCCCAAGCACCUCCGGGACCGCCCGGGAUUGCCGACGAGUUUCCGCCACUUAACCGGGCUGCGAACGGCGAGAUUGGCCAGGAGCGCGGGGGCAAUCUAAUGUCAGGUAUGGGCUUUGGUGGCCAGAGCUCGGGUUCUGCCAUGCAGACGAACCGGGCGGGCAACGGCUUGCUAAAUGCCCUUUCCGCGACCUCACGUGCCGCAGACCUUCGCUCUCAAGCUGCGAUAGCACGGCCCCAAGACCUACGGAGCCCAAUCGGCGAGGACGAGGCUCGUCAGAAGCAUGCAGGGUAUCGUGAGGACAGCAUAACAUCACUCACGUCGGCAGCGGAUGCACUUGGCAACAGAAACCCGCUUGGUGCGAUUGGGAACGAUGCGCCUGCGGCAAAAGGCAAGGAAGAGGAGAAAAACCAGGGCAAUCAGGUACAGGAUCCGUUGGAGGGAAUGGCGCCCAUCGACAAGUUCGGUCUGAAAGGGCUUCGACACUUGAUGAACAACUACCCUGACUACAACGCGCUCACGUGUGGGAUUGAUCCAUCGACCCUGGGUCUGGAUAUGCGGUCAUCAGAGAUGAUUUCGACGCAAAUCUACUCGUUGUUCGAUGACGUGCCGCCGCGACAGCCCAUCCCGAAAUUCCAACUGCCAGAAUGCUACCAAGUCAAGAACGUUCAGCCAAUCGAAAACAAGAUAUCUAGCUUCAACGAAGAGACCUUGAUGUGGAUUUUCUACAGCUGCCCCCGGGAUAUAAAGCAACACCUGGCAGCAGUGGAACUGAACAACCGCAACUGGCGAUGGCACAAGAAGCUGCAACUGUGGCUGACGAAGGACGAUGUCAUGAUUCCUCAAGCGCUGAGUCCGACUGCGGAGCGCGGCUACUACAUCGUCUGGGAUACCGCCAACUGGCGUAAGGAGCGGCGAGAGAUGACCUUACAUUACGGGGAUCUGGAUACCACAACCAGUGCGCAGCUCCCCAGCAUAGGAGCCUGA